AUGACCGAUCAAAUAUUUAAACCUGUAAUUGGUACUUAUUUACAUUUAUCAUAUCAUCAUGUAAGACAUUGUUUAGUAUUGGUGGAAGAUAAAGUUACAAAAAAAUGCAUCAGAUUAUAUUUUAUUAAUGUCAGAGGUGGAGUUAAACCCAAACAUUAUAAACUUUAA